AUGGCGGCCCCCUUGUCCGAGCGGCUCUUCUCGCUGGAGCUGCUCGUAGACUGGGUGCGUCUUGAAGCCGGGCUGCUGCCGCCGCCGCCCGUGGUCGCGGUGGAGGAGGAGCAAGAGGAGGCCGAAGAGGAGGAGGCAUCGCCGCCACGGCCAUCGCGCGACUUGUGCCCCGCCGUGGCCUUCCGUCUGCUGGACUUCCCCACGCUGCUGGUUUACCCUCCUGAAGGCCCCGGCGCCCCAGCCCCAGAGCCCCGACCCGGCCUGGUCAGCUUCGGUCGCGGCAAGUCCUGUCUCUUCCGCCUGCACCCCGCCACCCUGCACCGCCUGCUCCUUCGGACCCCGCUUCACACCCUGCUACUGCAGCUGCCCCCUGGGCGUCCGACUCCCGCCCCACAGCUCCUGGGUGCCUGUAGCAUCUCGCUGGCCGCCGCCGCCCACAAGGUCCUGGGACAGGCCGCCUCCGGCUGCUCCCAGGGUCAUCGAGGAAAUUUCCCUCUGCAUAACCAAGCUGGGGAUCUGAUUGGGUACAUUGCUCUGGGCUACCGCUUGACUGAUUUGGGAAGCAGCUUGUUGGGCCAUCUUGAGAGGCCAGUUACUUCCACAGGAGGUGGGGUGGAGCGUGUAGAGGUCAGUUCCCAAACCCUGCAGGAAAAACAGCAACCAAACUCAGAGCCAAGAGCGAGAGAUGCUGAUAGGUUUCUCGUGGGUUUAAAAAUCCCAAAGGUACAGAAGGAUUUGGAGGAAAGAGCUUCCCACAGUAAGAACAACUCUGGUAACACGGUUUCUGUGAAGCAUGGCAAAACCAAGUUUGUUUGUUCAAAUUCUAGUGGUGUGAGGAGCGUUAGCCCCCCAGAUCAGGAAGUCACAGAGUUAGACAUUGAAACCAACACUUUUUGCCCCCCUCCUCUGUAUUACACUCAUUUGACCCAAGAAAAGAUGUCUCCUGUACAGGGUACAAUCACCAUUAAGCCUCAAAUAAAUGUACCUGAGGAAUUGGAUGCUAUUUUUCUAGAGGAAAAUCAUACAACUGCCCCAACACAUACUGAUUCUCUGAAACCUACUAAUUCUGGGUUACAUGAGAAUCCUCCAGUGCUCAUAAAUGCUCCGCAUGUUCAGGAUAUAGGAGCAAGUGAUCAAACUACAGAUCAUGCUCAAACUGAACAAAAUAGAAUUAAUACAGUAAGGCAGCUGCCUUUGUUAAAUGCUUUGUUGGUUGAGUUGUCCGUGUUAUACAACCAACCUGUGGCAAGCCCUACUCAAAUACAUCCUCACUUAGCCUGGUUAUAUAGAACUGAGGAUAAGAAGUCACCAGAAUGCACAUGUAAAUCUGAAUCUAAGGAUCGGCUUUCUAUGGGGGGAAAUGAAAAGUCAGCAAAUCUUCAGUAUAAAAAGAACCAAGCUGAAAAUCUCAAAAAAGGUAAAUAUUUUGAAAAGAACAGUGGUACCCCCCCCCAAAGAGUUCCAAGGGGGAAGUUGCUUUACGGUUUAACAAAUACACUUAAACUGCGUUUAAAGCAGACAAAUCCUGAUAUGUUGGUAGUACAUGAAAAAAGAGAGCAGUAUAGAAAAAUGCAAGCACAAAUGUUAGGUGCAAAACUCAGAACUCCACCAUCCAAAGUUAAAGUAUUAAGCUUUGCAGAACAACAUCAGAAGCCACACCAACUGCCGAAAGAUAAGUGUUUGGGAUUAGAUGCAUCUUUUGCUGAAAACAGUGAUACCUCAAAGCAAAUCAGUGGAGUUUUUGAUGACCAUAGCACAACUAAAGAAACUAAACUGAAAUGUGCAACUGAAAAAGCUGUAGAUUGUGGUGAACAUAGAGCCAAUAAUGGUUUAUUGGAAGAAAUUGUGAGUCCUGCAAAUUCCAUUGUCCCUGAAGGUUUUACUCAUGCAAGUAUUUUGGAAGGAAAAAUGGAAAUGAAAGUCCAAAGUUCAUGUGUUUUCCAACAGGUUGCAGUUGUUAACAGAAUUGUAGUAGAUAAAGAAAUAGAGGAUAAACAGGUCAAAACCACCGAUGAUGACACUCUUAUUGAUGAUAUCAGUGAAAAUAAACCAAGUAAAAAUAGUUGCUCUGAAAGCAUCUCAGAAUUAAAGUAUUCUGAUGACUUCACCAGCCCUUGCUCUUCUGAAGAUUUCUAUACCACUGAGGACACUAGCAGAAUUUUACAAGCUCAUGAUAGCAGUCCAGGGGCAGAAAAUCCAAAACAUAACCAAUACACAAGUAAGUCUAGUGAAACAAUACUGUCCAUAAGAAAAAACAGCAAUGAAAAGAGUUCUAUUCUUAGCCCACCUUUUUCAGCUGGAUCACCAGUACACUCAUAUAAAAGACCUCAUAUUUCAAAGAUUCAAGAUAAAAGUUUGGAGGAAACGUCUAGUAUCUCUAGCAGUGAUUUAUCUUCAUCACACUGGAUUGAGGAAAAAGAAAACCAGAGAGAUCGAAACAGUAUGUAUAAUUCUAAAGUUAUAAAGAGGGGUCAAGACAUCUCUAUUAAACUUAAAACAAGAACUGGUUGCAAGUCUUCAGAAAAAAGCCAGUCACCUCAGACAUCUCAAGUGAGUUCUUAUCUGCCAUCUAAUUUGUCAGAACUAGAACUUAAUGUCCUGGAGAGCAGUACACCAGAUCGCUUUGACGAAGAUGAUGAAGUUGCUUCACUAAGUAUUUCCAAACAAUGCAAAGAUAUUUGCGAAUUAGUGAUAAAUAAACUUCCAGGAUAUACGGUGUGAAAAUACGUGCUUUUAAAAAAAAUUUCAUUUUUGUAUAACCUAUGUGUACUGUU